AUUUUUUUUUUGUAUGAGUAAGUCUACUUUAACUUCUUUCAUACACAAUCUCAAUAUCUUAAUCUCUUAUCAUCCUAGCUUGAAAACUAAUUGCUCUCUAAUCUGCCAUAGAGUUUGCUUCCAAAUUGUUCUCCAGAUAAAACCAAGAAGAAAACAAAAAAAAACUGAAAGAAAAAUCAUUUACCAACUUAUAAAUCCGAAUUCUUUUUCCUAAUUAAACUGACAGAGUUUAUUAGGGUUUGUAAAAAACGGAUACCUCGGAAUUCAUAUUUUGAAAAAAAUAUAAUGAACAAAUGCACGAUGAAGGACGAAGAGGCGGAUCUGGGUCAACCGGCUUUGACCGUCGAAACGACAGUACAGAAGGUUGGAAGCGUAAUUUAGCAGCACUGCCAGGCGGCCCCACCUCACUCUUACAGUUACAGAGAUAGGUAACUUAAUAAAUUAUUAAUAUCUUUUUUCCUUAUUUUAUUUUCUGGGUUUUUGUGUUUGUUUAAUGGGAGAAUUGCUGUUCUCUCUCUCUCUCACUAUAUUUCUUGCUUUUGGCUUUUGCUCCCUUUUAUAUAAAGCUCGCACUCGCCCUUUUUCUCCUUCGUCUUCCCUCUCGCCCAAGGAGAGAAAUCAAAGGAUUUCGAAAACAAAGAAAAUAACGCUGAAACGGUUCGCCGGAACGCUGCCGGAGGAACCAGAAAGAGGAAGGAAUCUAAGAUUCCGUGAUUUCAGUCUGUUAGGAGAAUGAGGACGAGAAGAGGCGUUUGUUACCCGAGGAUGGACUUUUGUGGUGUGGACAAGAGAGCUGUGAAAAGAGCGAAACGCGAUUUCGCAGCCUCCACCGCCUCCGCCGAGAGUCUUGCCGGAAAGAGGCAGAGACUGUCGCCGGAGACGGAAUACGGAAACGACGGCGGCGAUAUGUUCGACGGUUUGCCCGACGAUCUUGUUCUCUCAAUCCUCGCCAAGCUUAGCUCAUCCGCUUCAUCGCCGUCGGAUUUCAUCAACGUCUUGAUAACAUGCAAGAGAUUUAACUGUUUAGCCCUUAAUCCGCAAGUUCUGGCGAAGGCUUCUCAGAAGACCUUCGCAAUUAAGGCGAAGAACUGGUCGGAAUCCGGUCACCGGUUUUUGAAGCUCUGCGCUGACGCCGGGAAUGUUGAAGCUUGUUAUACUCUCGGCAUGAUUCGGUUCUACUGUCUGCAAAAUCGCGGCAGCGGCGCGUCGCUGAUGGCCAAGGCGGCAAUCAGUUCUCACGCGCCGUCACUGUACUCUCUCGCAGUCAUCCAGUUCAACGGCAGCGGCGGUUCAAAGAGCGACAAGGACCUGCGAGCCGGAGUAGCUCUGUGCGCACGCGCCGCCUUCCUCGGCCACAUCGACGCCUUGCGCGAGCUCGGUCACUGCCUGCAAGAUGGCUACGGCGUCCGCCAGAACAUCGCCGAAGGACGGCGGUUCUUGGUACAGGCCAACGCGAGGGAGCUCGCGGCGGUGCUUUCCAACCCGAACAAUGGGCUCGCCACGCGCGCAUGGCUCACGUGGAACCCCCACGCGCAUCCCAACAACCACCACCGCGGAAGCGCAACCGCUGCCGUUGCCGCUGGCGGCGGUCCAGGGUGUCCGCUGCUGAGCGACUUCGGAUGUAACGUCCCGGCGCCGGAGGUUCACCCGGCGAGCAUGUUCAUGGCGGAGUGGUUCGCUGCAAAAGGCGGGGCGCCCGGUUCGGGGCUCCGGCUUUGUUCUCACUUCGGAUGCGGGCGGCCGGAGACACGUAAGCACGAGUUCCGGCGGUGCUCGGUCUGCGGGACGGUGAAUUAUUGCUCCAGAGCUUGCCAGGCUUUGGAUUGGAAGCUGAGGCAUAAGGCGGAGUGCGCCCCGGUGGAGCGGUGGGUGGAGGAGGACGGCGAAGGGAUGGACGUCGACGGCGGCGGCGGUGGAGAGGGUAACGGUGACGGAAUGGGGGAUAGUUAGCCGGCUAGGAGUGUUAAAAAACGGGAUGGAGAGGCUAACGGAAGGUGACGGCAGGUGAAGUUUUUCUUUCUUUUUUGUGGCCUUGUCGGGGACGGUAGUAAGUAAACGGCGGGGAAGAAGGAGAUAAAGUAGAUGACGAGGCCAUUCCUUAGUUGGAAAAUAUUAAGGAAUGUUUUUUUAAAAAAAGAAGGAAAAAGAGAGAGGUUAGAAAGACAAAAAAGUCCUUUGUAAUUGUCGUAGAAGGGCAAAGUUAUUUGUUCCUCUUCGUUUGUAUAGAGGGGUAUAUCGGAGAAAACGAGAGGAAUUCUUUUUUCCAGUUUUCUCUCUUGCGGUAAUUUCUUCCCUUCCAAUCUCUACAUUUCUACUCCCCUUCCGUUUCUUUUUUUUACCUCUCCACGGUAUACCAGAGUCAACACUCCGCCCUAGGAGUAAAAAAAUUGAACACUCGAAAACAAAUCUAUGGAAACCCGAAAAUAAACAUUUUCUAAUAUUCACAUUUUCAUUUGAUUUCCUCUCACAUAGUGGUAAUGUUAAUGAUAGAAGAAGAUUGGACCCGACUCCAAACCCUAACAAUUCAGGUGAUCAUCGGUUCAAAUGUUUUGAUUUUGUGUUGCGUUCAUAGUAUAACUAUUCUACUUUCCACAUUGACAAUUUGAGAGCAACUUGACAUUGUCGCGUAUGAAUAGUGAAUCUGUAACAAUGAGGUCUGAUAUGGUAUCAUGAAUCGAAAUGAUCUUAUUAUCGAGUUACGGUGAUGAUUAAAAAGUGAGAUUAAUGUGGGUGAUUAAGGAGGGGAUGGUGGGUAAUUGGAGUAUGAGGGAAAUGCCAAAAGUAGGUGUGGGGGGGAACGGGAUGAACAACCCAACUCCCCCACCCCAACACACAGUCACACACCCCUCACAUGCAGAAAACACAAACACUCAUCAAAGUUUAUUAUUUUGGUUAUUUUCAAUCUAAAUUGGCUUAGCUUUGGGGUAAAGAUAGGUAAACAAAGAAACAAAGCCCUACAACAGCAAUUAUAUAUAGUUUGAUGUUCAAGAAAAGUCAAAUCCUUUGGGAGCAUGGAUUUAUGGAUAGGCAGUCGUUUUGGCUUUUUAUUUGGAGGAGGCCAAACCAACAAAAUUGCACAGCACACCUUUAAAAAAAAAACAAAAAUUAUGAGAAAGAAAAGUAGUAGUAAAGUAAAACAGGAAGAAUGAUUUAGUUUGAUUAUUGUUGUUGGGUAUUUUUCCCACACUGUUUAUUUGGUCAGAAAAGAGAGGAAAUGGGAACAAGUGAUUCCGAUUUCACAUACAAAACAAACCCUUCAAUGGAUUGACCAGGAACAGUAAUAAAAAGAAGAGGGAAAUGGGGAAGAAAGGAAGUAGUGGUGGGGAGAAGGAAAAUUGUGAGGAAGAGAAAGAAAAUGGGGACAAGGGCAAGUGGUGGUGUGGUGGGGAGACGAAAUGCAGUAUGUUUUGGGCUAAGUGGUGGAGGAAGUGGUUUGUGUCCUUAGCUUUUGAAACCAGAAAACUCAUAUCAAAUAAUCAAACAUGGGUACAAUUUGUUAUAUAUUAUUUUUCCAAUGUAACUUAAAACCAAAAACUUUUAAAUGAAUUAUUGAUAAUCAUUGAUGGAGCAAAUCAUAAAACGAAAUUAGCAUUUUGUAAUGUACUGGCGUUAGCACUUUAAAUCGAUCAGACAUAAUUUAUCCUAAGAAUUGAUGGUGCGUCCGUGUUUUUUACUUUAUUUUUUAUAGCAUCGCUUCCUUUGUCUUAUUUAUAUUUGACUCUGCGCUAGAGAGAGAUUAAUGAGAUCAAGAACGAAAGCCGUACAAUUACAAAUGAAGAAUGUGAAAAACG